AUGCGCCUCGCGAACCCCCAAAUCGAGGGCGCGGAACAGCUCCAGCCCUGGGAGCGCAAGCGCAACGAAGUGCAAGAACAGCGGAAGAAGGCCGCGCGGGAGAAGCUCGAGGCCGAGGGCGCCGCGGGGUCGUCCGCGGACGACGCGCUCGAGGACGCGCCGCACGCGGAACUCGGCAAGUUCCAGCACGAAUUGGUCGUCGCCGUCUGCUGCGCUCUAGCGCGCGACGCGUCCAAGUCCUGCGCGCUCGUCUUCGUGCCGGGCAUGGCGGACAUCGGCGACCUCACGGACCGUCUGGAGGCGCGCGGCGGCGCGUACGUCGGCGACGUCGCGGGGACCGCGGCCGAGCUCCGGCGCUUCGAGUGCGUGCCCGUGCACAGCGAGCUGCCCCACGAGGACCAGGCCCGGGCCUUCGCGCCGGCGACGGACGGCCGCUUCAAGGUCGUCCUGGCGACGAACUCCGCGGAGAGCUCCGUGACGUUGCCCGAUUGCGACGACGUGCUCGACUUGGGCGCGCACAAGGCCCUGCGCUACGACGCGGCGUCCCACCGCGCCGUGCUCGCGCCGGCCUGGGUGAGCCGCGCGUCGGCGACGCAGCGCGCGGGGCGCACGGGCCGCGUGCGGCCCGGCCGCUGCUGGCGCCUCUACGGGAAAAGACGCUUCGACGACGCGCUGCGGGACCACGAGGUCUCCGAGAUCCACCGCCAGCCCUUGGACGCCGUGGUGCUGAACCUGCGGGCCAUGAUCGACGCGCCCGUGGGGCCGCUCCUGGCGUCGACGCUCGAGCCGCCGAAGACGCGGCACGUCGAGCGCGCGCUCGCCGCGCUCCGCGACGCGGGCCUUUUAGGGGCGCCGGAGCGGUCGGCGAACGCGGCGGCGAGCGCCGAGGGGGCGCUGACGCCCACGGGCGCCUUCGUCGCCGCGCUCGGCGUCGACCUGCGCCUGGGGCGCCUCGUCGCUUUGGGGGUGGCGUUGGGCGUCGGCCCGUUGGCGACGGGCGCGGCGGCCGCGCUGUCGCUGCCCAAGAGCCCCCUGCGGUCCGCGAACCCGCUGGUCCACGGCGACCCGGGCGAGUACAAUUCACUCGUCCGCGACGGGCUGUUGGCGCGGGCCGCGUUCGACGGCGGCGACUACUGCGAGCCGGCGGCGCUCAUGCGCCUCGAGCGCGCGUACGCGGCCGCGCCGGACAAGCACGCCUUCUGCCGGCGCCACUGCGUCGCCCACGGCCGCGCGCGCCAAUCAUCAAGGCCAAGGCCGCGCGCGGCGCCGGGCGACGGCGCGCGGGACCUGCGCGCGCGCCACGUCCUGGGCCUCUUCCCGCCGGAGUGCCUCUUCCGCUACGACGCGGGCGUGCGGACGACGUUCACGUCCGCGCGGCCGUCGCAGGCGCCGCGCCGCGCCGUCGUCGCGGCGCUCCACGACCUCGCGGCCCACUUCUCCCUGAGCGGCGCCUGGUGCGUCUUCCCGGCGCACGCCGCCGCCUUCGACGGCGAGCUCGCGCCGGACCCGCGCGGCGGCGGCCGCGGCCGCGGCCGCCGCCAGGCCGCGUCCGCGGCCGCGUCGGGCGCCGUCGCCGCGUGGGUCGCGCGGGACGUGCUCGACGUGCCCGGCGCCGCCGAGCUCCUCGACGCCGUCUUCGACCGCCGCGUCGUCGACGCGGCCGCGCGCCGCUACGACGACGAGUGCGCGCGCGAGGGCUACUCGUACCUCGUCCUGCUCGAGACGUCCGCGUCCAAGGCGCGGCUCAAGGACCUGCGGAGCCUGCUGGAGGCGUUGCCGGCGGCGGUGCACUGCUGCUACGGCGCGCGCCACGAGGGCGUCGCCGCGACGGCGUCGUUCGGCGGCGCGGACGCGCGCGACGACGCGAAACUCGAGAUCCGCUGGGCGCCCCAGAUCCUCCGGGGCAAGCCCGCGCUGCGCUUCGCGCCCGACGGCGAGAAGGGGCGGCAGGCGUGGGAGAGCGGCGAGCCCCGGCCGCCGCUCCUCAACGACCUGCCGGUCGGCGCGCGGCUGCUGAGCGCCAUGGCCAUGGGCUACCGCGACAACCAGCUUCGCGUGUGGGCGGACCGGCCGGGCGGGCCGCCGCGGUACCCGGGCCUGCCGCCGGAGCCGCCGAGCCGCCGCGCGGUCGCCGUGAAACUGGACGUGCCCAAGCCCGCGUGGAAGUUGGUCUUCGCGCCGGCGUCGGCGGGCGCGUCGGCGCCGCCGUCGGCCCAGGUGCUCACGCCCUUCCAUUCGCUCGCGGCCGUCGCGGUGCACCACGCGGCCGACGACCGCGACGCGACGGUCUACGCCGUCGCGGGCGCCAUGGUCGACACGGCCGGCGGCGGCGCGCGCGCCGAGAGCGUCACCGUGCUCCCGCCGGGCGACGAGUGGCUCGGCCUCGCGCUCCGCUGCGCCCGCGACCCGCGGUCGCUGCCACCGGACGCGCUCGAGGCGAAGCUCGCGAAGGCCGCGCGGCCCGACCUCGCGCGCGCCGCGGACGCGUUCCGCGACGCCGCGGGCGCCGCGCUCCGGGGCCGCGCGCGGCCCGACGCGGCGAGCGGCGCCGCGCUCCUCGCGGGCCUCGCCGCCGUCUUCCGGCCCUGGCUCCCCGCGGCCGCGGCCGACGACGCGCUCGCCGCGCGGCUCGAGCGCCUCGGCCCGCCGUCGGCGGGCGCCGUGCCGGCGCACCUCGCGCGCGGCGCCAUCGCCCAGAUCCUCGCGCGCGCGCCGGGCCGCGCGCUCGCGUUCCCGAUGCUCGACGCGUCCUUCGCGCGCGCCGUCGGCUUCCCGCUGUCGCCGUCGGCCCUCGCCGAGCACACGGGCGAGCCCUGCCCGGACCUCGGCGCCUGGCUCCUCGCCAUCCCGGGCGUCUCCCACGACCGGGGCGUCGUGUCCCUCGCGCCGGGCGCCCCCUAA